CCAAAAACCUUUUAUCGCUACCCAAAACAGACUCGGGGCUCUUCAAUUUGUGUCUUCCCUAGACAUUCCACUAAACCAACUUGUUUUGUUGUGUAAGAACAGUUCAGUCAACAUUGUUCCGGUCAAAGGACGAGAGACCACGUGAGCUAGCAGCUGAGUGCCACGUGAACGCUCACGGAUCCUCAUGCGCAUAGUAACGAUGGCAGGACAAAAGCAUAUGUUAUAUAUAUAUAUGCAGUAGCAAAAUGAGAUCACAGCUCAGUCUCUGACUCACUCUCUCUUCCGAGUUACGAAGUUAGAGUGAAAUGGCGAUGAAGGUAUAUGGAAAUGGGAUGUCAGUGUGCGUGGCACGUGUGCUUCUAUGCCUUCACGAGAAGGAGACUGAGUUCGAGCUUGUCCCCGUCGAUCUCUUUGCUUGCCACCACAAGCUCCCUUCUUUCCUCUCCAUGAACCCCUUUGGCCAAGUUCCAGUUCUACAAGACGACGACCUUACCCUUUUUGAGUCGAGGGCAAUCACGGCAUAUAUAGCAGAGAAACACAAGGACAAAGGAACGGAUCUGACGAGACAUGCAGACGCUAAAGAAGCAGCCAUUGUGAAGCUGUGGUCGGAAGUGGAGUCCCACCACUUCAACCCCGCGAUCUCCGCCGUCAUCCACCAGCUUAUAGUUGUGCCGCUUCAAGGCAAGACUCCUGAUGCAGCCAUCGUGGAGGAGAAUCUGGAGAAGUUAGGGAAAGUGCUCGAUGUGUACGAAGAGAAGCUCGGGAAGACAAAAUACUUGGCUGGAGAUUCUUACACACUCGCGGAUCUCCACCACGUUCCUUACACUUACUACUUCAUGAAGACGUGUCAUGCUGGUUUGGUCAACGACCGUCCUAAAGUCAAGGCGUGGUGGGAAGACCUUUGUUCUCGUCCGGCUUUCCUUAAAGUCUCACCUGGCUUGACCGUUGCUCCGGCAACGAACUGAUCCAAAGAUUCUCUCUACAUCUUGUCUUUAUGUUUCUCUGAUAAGGUGGUUGUUGUUUUUCU